CUAAUUAUAUAAUCUAAUUAAGUUAUUUAUUUCAAGAGAAUGUUAUCAUGCAAACUAAAACACUAUGUACCACGUGAAAGAUAUUAUCCUAUUUUGUUAUCCUGCUAUUCAACCAAACCUAUACAAAAUGUAGAAAUAUUGCCUCCAAAGAAAGUAACAUUUAAGGAUAAAUUCAAAGAAACAUGGAAUGGACCAAACUUUAAGUAUUGGUUCAUUGGUACCACAGCAUUUCUAUCAUGGAUGGCUUAUUAUGGAACAAAAACCUACAAAAAGACUCGCAUAGACAUUGAAAUUCUACCACCACUUCCCAGACAUGCAAGAGUUAAAAGAGAAUCAGAAGUUCAGGAAUUGUGUCGAAAAUAUGAAGCUCUGUCAGGAUUAUUAAAACCUAUGAAAAUCAAAAAAUUAUCAGUGCAUGGCCCUUCAGCAAGUGGAAAAACAAUGCUUGUUCAUGAGUUCUUGCAACACCUUCAAAACAAGCAACAAAACUCAAUAUUCAGCUUUCCAAAAUCUCAUGUUACUGUUUUUCUACAGUGUGACACGGAAGAUUCCUUUUUGACAUCAUUAAAGGCGUUCGCUGCAAAGUUAAAGAUUAAACCUUCGCAAUUACAAGAACUGAUGACAGAUGCAGAUGUUAGUUUCGCGACAGCCCCAUUUGAGACACAAUGCGAUGCUUUGUUACAAUGUAUACAAGAUGCGUUACAAAAGCAUUCAAAAUGGGUCAUGGUCUUUGAUAACAUGCUAAGCUCUUCUUCCAAAACAAUUUUUGAUGUGAUAAACAAGUGGUUUGGAGAUGACAACAAAGAAUGGAGUGCAGGAACCAUGGUUAUGAUACAUGAUGGAUCUGUAAACAGUUUGUUACAAUUAAAAGAAGAGAACGGUUACGCAAUUCAAAAGAGUUUGACUUUAGAAGAUGGCUGCCAGCUAAUACAGCAAGUAGCAAACCUUGACCAAACAGUUGCUACAUCCGAUUCGAUAAAACACUUGCUCAAUUUUGUCACCCUAAACCCUCUCGCCGUUGUUAGCGUUGGAGUCUUACUGAAAGAGAAUCUAUCACGAAAAGAAACAGUCAGCAUUGAGAAAGCUGCAAGUGAAGUGUCCGAAUCUGUUGCAUCAAACUUAAAAGGUGUCAUUUCCGCCAAUCAGCAUUUGCAUGAUUUUAUUGCAACGCCCUCAGGAAUGACCUUGGUUACCAUUGAAACCGUUGUUGCUAUGGUUAUGAAGUCUAUGCUUGACAACGAUCAGUAUCUUUAUCAUGGGUUUGAUUUUAUGUCAACAUUGAAGCCAGGAGACGCUUUACCACAGAGUGUUUUAACUCGAUUUCUUCGAAUGCCAUAUUAUAUGUUGCCUCCACUAGUUCAAGCAUCUGGUGGGAUGUCUGAGUAUUUCAGUAAACAAAAGAGUGAUCUGGAGGCUGUUAAGAACAAGGUCGACGAGUUUGAACCAAAAGGCAAGGCCUGGUCAAACAAAAACCUGGCAGAGUAUAUACGAAAAGCUGAGGAUUUGUUUAUGACUGUUGUAAACACAGCAAAAGAUAUUUACAAUCUUGUCUAUGGCGAGCUACCAGCUUUACCUGAGAAGCCUGAUGGAUUGGACAUGUUUCGCAAAUGUGAUUUGCUUUGUACUAGCGUGCUGGAACCUGGAAGUGUGAAGUCAGUGAGUAUGCAUCCUUUGGUUUACAACGUGGCUAGACAACAUUUUGCGUCAUCAUCUAUAUAUCGAAGAGAGGCCGAACACCUCUUAGAAUGUCGAACAAAGUACAAUAAUUUCCCAUGGUACAAGCGGUUCAACGCGUUUGACGAGCAAACGGUCUUGCAAAAGCAUCGCCUUGCGUCUGGUCAUGUUAUAAAUCAAGCCAACAAUGUUCCAGCCGAGACAUACUUGUUUCGGUAUAAUCUUGGUAUAGACAUCUCGCCUGUGUUCUUUACAUCUCCGUUCUCGAAUAGAAAAGAAGAAUUUUGGUUACCCAAAUCCGAGGAUAAGUUGAGAUAUCUUCAAGACCACAUCUCUCGUGUUGUGACAGCUCUAUGCGAGGAGAUUGACUUGUCAAAAGAGAACGUGGAAGGGAGAUCGGUCAAAAGGUACUUGCUAAUGCAUCUCGAAUAUAUAGUCAACAACCAGCCGGAGGAAUUGAUACACCCUCCACAGUACACGCAGAGUUUGCAAACCAUGGCAAAAUGUUACUUUGAUUUAUAUAAAGAUUACACGAGAAGUCAACACGUUCUGGAGCAUGUGCUGCAACUACAAAAGAUUUCGUCAACCGUGAACCAGUUAGACGUGGCUAAAACAAUGGGUAAACUGGCAGAGAUACAUAACUCUUUUGGCGAGUACGAAAAAUCCAAGUUACUACUUCUUGAGGCCGUCGAAAUUUACGAGGCGGACCGAAGAAAAUGUGGCGAGUAUAAGCGAUGCUUGGAGUUCGGCAAAUUACUCGGUUUGCUGGGGAUCGUAUACGCUGCUUUGAACUUGAAAUCCGAGAGUAAGGAAACGAUAGAGAGGUCGUUAAUGUUGAAACAAGCAGUGCCUCCUGACCUUGCCGACGAAGCAAAAAGCAAAGACUUUGGCUCGGAUUUCGCUAGCUCUUUAACCGAUCUUGGUCACUCGUACGUUUCAAUGGGUAUGCCGCUGUACGGAAAGAAAAUACUUGACUUAGCUCUCUCUGCCCAUCGCAAUUUACAUGGUGAAAACCACCCAGAGGUUGUGCGCACAUUAACUGUACUCGCUGUAGCACACCUAAUGCAGGGAAAUAAUGCAGAAAGCAAACGACUGCGCAACGAAGCAGGUAAACUUCAGUCGCUACUAAACGGUUUACCGGUGUAUUGAUGCGGUAUAUUUUCUUCUGUUCAAACUAAAAUAUGUAUAUAUUUUUAAAAAAAAUCUAACACAUUGCUCGUUCUUCUAAAAAAUAUCUAAGAUGUGUGCGGGUCAA